AUGGAUGCUUUGAGGAAAAUGCCAGGCUAUGCAAAAAUGAUGAAGGAUCUGAUGUCUCGAAAAUUUGACUUCCAGGACCUGUCUACUGUAACUCUAACUCAAACUUGCAAUGCGGUAGUGACAAGACCUAUGGCUCAAAAUUUGUCUAAUCCCGGUUGUUUCACUAUCCCAUACACAAUUGGAAGUUAUGCUUUUGCUAAAGCAUUGUGGGACUUAGGAGCCAAUAUCACUUUGAUGCCUUUGGCAAUCUACACAAAAUUAGGCAUUGGCAGUGCUAGACCGACCUCAAUGUUGUUGCAACUAGCUGAUCGCACAGUCAAAAGGCCGACAUGA